AUGGAAGAACUGCAAGAAGAAACUGUUGAAAACAACGACAAUAAUGACGAAAUUGGGACUUUUAAAGAAUUGGGAAUAAAUGAAGAAUUGUGCAGUGCUUGUGAACGUAUUGGUUGGAAAAAACCUAUGCCUAUACAACAAAAGGUUAUUCCGAUUGCCUUAAAGGGAAGAGAUGUGAUUGGAUUGGCAGAAACUGGUUCUGGCAAAACUGCAGCAUUUGCUCUUCCAAUACUUCAAUCCUUAAUGUCCAAUCCACAGCGUCUCUUUGCCGUUGUAUUGGCUCCGACGAGAGAACUUGCAUUUCAAAUUUCGGAUCAAUUUGUGGCUUUAGGUGCAACUAUCGGCCUCCAAGUCUCUACAAUUGUUGGUGGUAUUGAUAUGUCAACACAAACAUUGUCUCUUUCUAAAAGGCCUCAUGUUAUUGUUGCAACUCCUGGUCGUCUUGUUGAUCACCUCGAAAACACUAAAGGUUUUGAUCUUCGAUCAGUCAAAUAUUUGGUUUUGGACGAAGCGGAUAGAAUACUUAAUAUGGACUUUGAAUUGGAAUUGGAUAAAAUUCUUAAAGUUAUUCCAAAUACAAGGCAUACAUUUUUAUUUUCGGCAACUAUGACGCACAAGGUUUCAAAGUUAGAAAGGGCCCAUUUAAAGAAGCCUGUUCGUGUUGAAUUGUCUACCAAAUAUCAAACUGUUAGCACAUUGAUUCAAAAUAUGCUCUUUAUUCCCUUCAAGUAUAAGGAAGCUUAUCUAGUCCACGUUUUGAACGAAAAAGCAGGCAAUACAGCAAUAGUUUUUUGUUCAACUUGUGCAAGUUCAGUAAAAAUAGCUCUAAUGUUAAGGCAAUUAAGUUUUGGAGCAAUAGCAUUACAUGGACAAAUGUCACAGCCAAAACGUUUGGGAGCUUUAAACAAAUUCAAGAAAAAGGAUAGGCCAAUUUUGGUUUGUACUGAUGUUGCUUCUCGAGGUCUUGACAUUCCUCAUGUUGAUAUGGUUUUAAAUUAUGACGUCCCAACACAUUCUAAAGAUUAUGUUCAUCGUGUGGGAAGGACUGCUAGGGCUGGGAAGUCAGGGAUUUCAAUCACUAUAGUCACCCAAUACGAUGUUGAAAUUUAUCAAAAAGUUGAAAAUUCUAUUGGAAAGAGGCUUGACCCGUUAGAAAUUAACCAUGAAGAAGUGAUGAAAUUGGUGGAAAGAGUUUCUGAAGCUGGAAGGAUGGCUGCAAAUGUAAAUUUAUUUAUAAAUUAA